AUGGACGAGAAUGGUCAUUUUGUAACUGGGUCUGAAGAAUCGUCUCUCUCUUCCGACAACUCGUCCCAGCAGCUGUCGAGGGAACGGGUGAAGCUCCUCUCCUCCGACCAGUUCCCGUCUGAUACGACAGAUAAAGACCCCACUUUCAAAUGCUUCUCUGUUUCAAACCUGAAGAAGGUCAUGGCUGGUCUCUGUAAGAGCUGCGAGAAUGAACGGCAAUGGAGGUACUUGGUUGUGGGUCAAGCUUGUUGCCAUCUUGGGUUGAUGGAAGACGCAAUGGUUCUUCUUCAAACUGGGAAACGUUUAGCUUCAGCAGCGUUCAGGAAGGAAAGCGUGUGUUGGUCUGACGACAGCUUCUCGUUUGCCAACGUUGCUGCCAGCAGUGAUUUUAGCUACAGCAAUCCACCGACAACACCACCACCGUCGGAGUCCGAGUGUGUCGCACAACUUCUUGUUCAUAUCAACCUCCUCCUCCACUGCCGCACAACGGCGCUUGAAGCCUUAGACGCAGGCCUCUACUCGGAGUCCAUCAGUCUCUUUUCCAAGAUAGUCGAUAAUUGUCGAAGAACCCCACAGGGUUUCCUUGCGGAAUGCUACAUGCACAGGGCUUCCGCCUACAGGGCCGCCGGCAGAAUUGCAGAGUCCAUUGCCGAUUGCAAUCGGACCCUUGCACUUGACCCAACCUGCAUUCCGACGCUGAGCACACGAGCCAGCAUCCAGGAGACGAUUAGAUGCCUUUGCAAUUGGCUGCGUGAUCUCGAACACUUGAAGCUCCUCUACAAUUCCAUCUUGUGGGACCGGGAGCUACCAGGCCCUGCUUGGAAGAGGCACAACAAAUGA